AUGACAGCACUCACUGGUGAUGCCGACUCUGAUGCCAGCAAAACGUUUGAAAAAGUACCAAGUCCCUUGUCUGAUGCUGGGAAUCAUGACAACUACUAUGGCAGACGACUUUGGACUAGAUAUUCUUUUUUUCUUCCGUUUCAGCCCCAGCUGAUUCAGCACCUGGAACAUGCUAAGUCCGUCAUAAUGGAUAAAAUUAAACUUGAGAUCCAGCGUCUGGCUUGGUACUCUGUCUCCGUAUUUAACGAGGCAAAUCGUUCAGAUAUCGUCUGGCUUUGGCGUGUCCUUCUCGGUACCUUUCAGAAUAUCUGUCCAUCUGCAGCUGCUGCAGCAGCUGCAGAUAUUGCAGCCACAACCCCUUAUUCCAGGCAGCUAGCGCCUGGUGGCCGAGUUGAAGAGUCACUAUCAUCGAUUGGAGCUAGCUUACCUAAUCCUCCAGGAGUUCGUAUGACCACAAGCCAUUCGGUUGCCACUGCUUUGGCUUCGGUAGCUGCCAUUCACUUGCCCUCUAGCAUGGCUGCGGGACUGAGCAAUCUGGCUUCAGCGGUCGGAGGUGGCAACUUGACCAUGGACACCACCUACUCUCCAAACGUGUAUGGGGCUCGGGGUGGAUUUUCGCAUCAAGUGAAUUCUAUAUGCCUGGGCCUUGGUGCAUCUGGCUCGAGCAGACGACCUAUUGGGUCGGGGUCGCUCUAUUCGAGUUCUGCAACUGGGGGACUGCUUGCUGCAGUUAACUCUCUCACUGGCGGUCCUAGUGGAAGCAGUUUAGCAGGCAAUGGUGCGAGCUUGAUCUCCGGGACGACGUCACUGUGUGCAGCCAAUAGACUUAUCGGUGCAAGUGGAGCUCGCGAGACCGCUUUGGGGGAAUUCGUGCCUGAGCACUACUUGCCCGUGUGCAUGGCGGCUUAUGUGACAGUGCGUGAUGUAUUUUCGCUCUUUCUACCACUCGAGGGUGUUCCAGGAGCAGAAGACGACAUACAUCAAUAA